AUGGUCCCAGCCAUGUUCAACCAGUCAUUGUCUAUUCUUAACCGACAUUAUAAAAACCAGCGCACAUCUCAACCUUAUAAGCCGAGCUUGACCUUGGAUCGAUAUGUCUCCGACAGUGGGUCAUUGAGUACCGGAGGCAAUUCCUCACCUAUGAAUGCUUCUGUUGCUGCUGCUGUUGGCGCUUCAGCUGAAGCAAGAACUCAAACGCCAACCCCCAAAGCCCCUGUAUCUCGACGGCGGUUGAAGAAGAAUCCCCCAACCCGAAUCAAUCUCGAUGCCGACGAAUUCCUUCAGAACCCAGAUCCUGCUACCAUAGUCUCCGAUGACUUGGAACCUCCUACCAUAACGGACGUUGGGCAUGCACGUCCUUCGGCCUUCAGUGUCGGCGGGCUUUUCAACUGGCAACGCUUCUAUCCGGUCGACUUUGGAGUACACUCCCUACGUGACAACACAUUCUUCCAUGAGUCUACAUUCGUAGGAAGCGGGGAAUUUUCUCGUUCCUUGCGAAUCACAGAGAGGGACUUCGAUGGGGGUGCGGCUUCAUUCUCCAUCGAGCUCAAAGACGAGACAUUCCAUUGGAGUCGCUGGAACGAUACAGUGUCAUCGGAGAUGGGGCAAGUCUUCGAUGUGAUAAUCGAUAACGUUGAGCGCAGUGCUGCCACCUCCCCGGAGACGGGCAUUACGGCUGCGCUGGGGGUGGCAUCGAGAUUAUACAGGUUGUUGGUCAAAUACGUCACGGGAAACCUGGUUUUCAUCGACCCGGUUGAUCGUACGGGCGAUGAAUACAAUAAGAACGGGCUUGUGAAAAUUGCUUGUUUCAACAUGGUUUUCUCGAACCAGAUCUAUCAAGUUGCUUCUCAUCGGCUCGUCAGCCCUGCCCUGGCGACGGAAGCUUUGGAUCUUGUCAAGAUAUCCGCCAAAGACGUUGCAGGCUUGAUCACGUCCAAAGUCGGUUCUUCUGAGUUUAAAAUGUUGUUCAAUGAAAACAACGAGCCUGAACGCCGCGAGUCCGGGAUUCGCGAUGAGUAUCCAUCGGUGGAGGCUUACGUCGUCACCAAACAUCUUCUACGCAGCUCAGACAACUACAAUGGCUGCUUUGAAUAUAUCCAACUCGAAACUUUCAACAAUGGAAUUAUUUGCAAUGAAAGGGAUGUGGGCAGUCUGGAGGCUGGUUGGCGUGGCAUAUUCACGGUCUUACCUCUGAACGAAAUAGACCUGCUUGGGAUUGCGCGCCCUGGUUAUCAGUUGACAGUUGUUAAUGACAACUGGAAAUUAGCCAAACGGCUUCUCGCCCCAGCCCUGGACCAUUUCGAGUCCAACUCCAAGGCACAACCCAUCUCAUACAACAGCUACUGUCGAACCCUGUUCCUUAGAUGUCAUCGCCUUAUCAAUUCGUGGGGGUGGAGAGAAUGCAAAUCCAUCCUGGACACGCUAUUCGACUUCUUCGCCAAGAACACCCUUCACAACCUGAAGCUCGAGGAAGCUCGUGGCUCACCUUCAUUCCUUGACGAACUUGAUAGCAAUCCUUCUCUGGAUGCCCGAGUGGGGGAGCCGUGUUUCCACACAUUUCUCAAGAUCGUAGCAAGUGGUCUCCGCUUCUUGGCGAAGAGAUAUGACAAGAAAAAGAUUCGAAACUUUGCCUGGCGUCUUUUACCCAACCAUGGCCGUGUGUACCCGAAAGAGCAGCCAUUGCAGCACGAGGACCUCGAUGCGCUAAGAAACCACCACGAUCUUCUCAGCACCCUGUACUGGGCUGUUCCUGAUGGGUGUCGCCCUCGACUUGAGACAAUACGUAAUCUGGUCCAUCCUGCCACUUCACAUCGUGAAGCGUGCAGUAUCAAUUUGCGGUCAUGGUCAAGGCUUGUUCGAUUCAAGCUGUCUACGGAUGAAGAGGUUUCAGGGCUUGAUCCGUUUGGAGACUGGUACGGCUAUUUCGUCACGGAGUUACAGCAACAGCAUUCAUAUGCUCGCAAAGAGAUUGAGGCUCAAAACACAGGCGACAAUCGGGUUUCUCAGCAGCUUGUCGAACGCACAAUCUCCCAGAACCAGCGGCAGAUUGAGACCUUGUUGAGCAAUGCGCUUAACGGGCUGCGGAUUGCUGUCCAACUGGCUCCAAAAUUGGAACAUGCAUACAGGCUUGUCCUGAGAACCCCCUUUGAGUCUAUCCUUACGCUUUUCAACCCCAAGCUCCCGCGCGUGAAUGUCGUUGUAUCUGAGGCACUGCAGGUCCUAGUGGCGUACACCCAGAAAGACAUUUCAGCUACAUCUACAUCAGAUGCUCCUGCGGCAGUGAAUACCGACGAGGAUAGCCAGGAGUUCGGUGACUGGGAUGCUAUUCAGGCUGUUUGGGACCAGCAAAUUUCCCCAGGUGAAGGUAUUGAACAUGUAGAGAAGGCUUUCCAUCCGAUUGUUUCUCGUCUCGUUUCGAAUUGCUUUGGCGAGGACCACUGUCCCGAGGAUGCGAUCCUUCUUAACGUGGUUGAAUGCUGGACGUCAAUAGCGCAGGUUCUCGUUCGCCAUGGCCUCCGAAAUUGGGACAAUUAUCUGAGCGAGUUCGGCGAUGACUCCUGGACGCGGCUUCGACAGACAGUUCAGACAAGAAAAUUUGCACCGCUAUUCCUUGCAGAAUGCAUUGAAAAGGACGCACAGAUUGUUUCUGAGUGCCGAAUCCAAGUUAUGAGUAUGUGGAUGACAUCGUUGGUCGAGCGCUCCUCGAUGUUGAAGUUUCAACAUCGUCUCACGGAGGCGCUUUUGAACGGAAGUCCCACAGAUCCCUUGCUUGACAAUCUUCCGUUCUCCAAGGAUAGGAAGAUUGGUCGGUAUACAAUUACAUUGGAGGAAAUUGGCUCUCGGCGACUAUCCCUCCUCUCAAGCCUAUCGUCUAAUAUGCGUGAGCAGCUCCAAGACAUGGAACUUUCGGGCAAUCGGAACUUUUCUGUGACAAAACAAGAGUACUCCGAGAUGCUUCAGCGAGUGAUGAUGUCCAUGAAAGACAACUAUCAAGAGCUGGGUAAUGGGACAGCGCAGGCUGCUCAAGGAGAAUACGUCGAGUUCGUACAGCGCGUCAUCGGUUUCCUCCAGCAACAUACCAGCGACAUCAAACCGAUCGACCCCUUCUUCACGGACCCUGCUUCGUUCCCUUUGCCAUCUACCGACCCACGCUACAUUGUUGCGAAGCUCAAACGCUACGAGUCAAAGUUAUCUUCCAGCAAAGAGAUCCAGACCUUGACCGGUUUCGUCCAGAGCAUUUCCGAGCGCGCCGCCAUUGACGGCCAGCAGAGCUACCUGGUCGACCAGCUGCACACAUCGAUGAAAAACACCUACGAGGCUGGGGACAACGACAAGCCCACUCUCCGCGCCGUCCUUUUGCAAUGCGUGUUUCCAGCGUAUCUCGAAGCGACGCUUCCCAAUCGCGCCGCCUGGAUCCUCAGCCGUCCCAUCAUCCAAACCAUCACUCUGGAGUUCAAGAGCCUGUUGUGUAAUAUAAACACUCUGGAUGCAGCCUGUGUGUGUUCUGUCAUCGAUAUCAUUGAUGUCGUAUGCCGAGCCUCCUGUCAAGCACUGGGUGUGGUCGCCUUACGUCGCCAUCGUCUGCAAAGUGCUCCAACUUUACUCAUGCUUGCCGCCUUCCUCGACAUGAUCUCCUCGGUAUUGCCAGUGUGGAUCCGCGAUUUCGUCAAAGCUGUGGGCAGAUGUCUAGAAAGCACGGAUCCAGACGCAGACUCGCUCUCGUGCAAUGCCCAUGUCAUAUUCCCUGCGAUGCCACCAUCCUCCGAUAGCAGGAAAACUGAACUCUUCGCCACGGCUCACAAUCUCGCCUCGACCGACCUCCAACUCUAUCUCAGAAAAUGGUCGUAUCAUCAGGAUAAGUACUACUUUACUCGUCCUGGUCAUGAGUCACAGGAGGUCAUGAUCGAGCCUGAGAUUGCUAUACUGGUGGCUAGUCAGAGUGAAGCGCAGAGGGUCUUUGAGGAUGCGGCGAGGGGAUUCGUCGAUCGUGCAAAGUUUCUGGAGUUACUGUCUUGA